AUGAUCCAUUCAAGAAAGCUCGCUCAGUUGGCCAGGAAGCUGCAGCACAGGAUGGUGGCCGCCGGCAGUGGACGUCAGGCGGCGGCCGGCACCGACGGGUGCAGCAGCAGCAGCAGCAUGGCGUCGUCGACGUCGUGUCUCGCCGGCAGGGGCCACUGCGCGGUGUACACCGCCGACGGGGCGCGGUUCGAGGUGCCAAUGCCGUACCUCGGCGCGGCGGUCUUGGGCGAGCUCCUGACCAUGUCCCGGGAGGAGUUCGGCUUCGCCGGCGGCGACGAUGGCAGGAUCACGCUGCCGUGCGACGCGUCGGUGAUGGAGUACGCCAUGUGUCAGCUCAGGAGAGACACCUCUGAAGAUGUCGAGAGGGCGUUCUUGAGCUCCAUAGCUAGGCCUUCUUGCUACAAUGCUGGCUCUCAGCAAUCACUUGCUGUUUGUAUGUGAUUUUUUUUGAAAGAAAUCAACACGAGAUUG